GUUUUUUGUGGCAGCCCAUGUCAUGUGUCAGCUUUCUUCUACAUGAAAAUGCAGUUUACGAUCGGUAUAUCAUGUAUCCAAUGGAUAAAUAUGGUUAUCAUACAUGUCUUAGUCCAUGUAACCAUAUAUCCAAGGUACAGAAAUGUGACUAUCAUAUACGUCUUGGUCAAGAAAAAUCCUAUAUAAAUUCCAGUCAGUCAUAGUUGAGAAACGAAAACACAUAGCUUUAGCGUGACCAUUUCACUUUCACACAAUCUAGCACUUCCAGUGAGAGAGAAGAGAAGAGAAGAAAAAUGAUUGGUCCAGCCAAGAACUCCGUUCCUGCUACUAAUCCCACCAAGAAACUUCUUCUCUCCCCGGAUUCCAUCAUCAAUCUCGACCAUGGCGAUCCGACGAUGUUCGAGCCGUACUGGAGGAAACUCGGUGAAAAGUGUACGGUGGAGAUUUCAGGCAGUGAUUUGAUGAGCUACUGCAGUGACAUUGGGAACAUAUGCUGGUUUCUAGAGCCCCAACUCUCCGAUGCGAUCAAAAGACUGCAUCGUACGGUUGGAAAUGCAGUAUCAGAGGAUCGAUACGUGGUGGUGGGGACGGGCUCAACGCAGCUAUAUCAGGCUGCACUCUUCGCUCUUACUUCUCCUGGUGGGGCCGAAGCUGACCCCAUCAGCGUUGUGUGCGCCGCUCCUUACUACUCGUCAUAUCAAGAGGAGACAGACUUUCUGCGAUCAGGGCUCUAUAAAUGGGCAGGUGAUGCGUAUUCCUUUGAUAAGGAUGGACCUUACAUAGAGAUUGUCACCUCACCAAACAAUCCAGAUGGUGCUAUUCUAGAAGCUGUGGUGAACCGAAAGGAAGGGAAGCUUAUCCAUGAUCUUGCCUAUUACUGGCCACAAUACACACCCAUUACUCACCCUGCAGAUUAUGAUAUCAUGCUGUUUACAUUUUCCAAAAGCACUGGACAUGCUGGUUCUCGAAUUGGAUGGGCUCUUGUUAAUGAUAAAGUGGUGGCUAGGAAGAUGACUAAAUUCAUAGAGGUUAGCUCCACUGGUGUGUCUAAAGAAUCGCAGCUCCGAGCAGCAAAGAUCCUAGGAGUUGCUAUUGAAGGUUGCCAGCAUUCUGAUUCGGAGAACUUCUUCAAGUACGGCCAGUGCCUGAUGGCUGAAAGAUGGGAGAAACUGCGAGAUGUUGUUAAAAACAGUCAAAUUUUCAGUCUGCCCAAGUACCCACAAGAAUGGUGCAACUUCAUCAGCAAGUACUCAGAAUCACAUCCUGCCUUUGCAUGGUUGAAGUGCAAGGAGGAUACAAACUGUGAAAGUCUUCUAAGAGCACAUAAGAUACUGACAAGAGGCGGAGAGCGUUUCGGAGUUGGCCAAGAGUACGCCAGGAUUAGCUUGCUCAGUCGAGAACGAGAUUUUAACCAAUUUCUAGAGAGGCUAUCAGGAAUAAAAACUGCGGGGCAGGGAAUCAGAACCACCUGAAUUUUAGACAUAUUAAGAGGGCAUGGUAAUUUUAUAUUUAGAACCCCAAGGAUGAUAAUGUAGCUUAGAUUUAUCCAUCUGAAGGUUUAGGUCUUACCAUCUGCAGCUUUGAAUUUUGGUAAACACAGUUAGGUUACCUUUGAAUCUGUGUAUACACAGUGGAAUCCUGACAGGAUUUACACAAUUACCCUAUUAAUAGUUGCUGCAAUAAUAAGGUGUCUUAUCAA